CCCUUCCCAGGCUCUUUCAUUCGGACGGCUUAAUCCGGCUUACACCGUCCAAAGCCUCAGUUCUUUCACAGGCUCCAUCUCUCUCAUAUCCCUCUCCCACAGCAAAAAAAACCCCUCAAGCACACCCCGCCGGCCUCUCCAUCUCGCCUGUCAAAUCCACCCUCCACCCCAAGUGUGCUUGCGCCAGUUCAGAACCAACAAACCCCACACCUCAGCACCGCCUCGUUCAAACCUCCAACACAAAAAUGGCAUCAGAACCACAUCCUCCCUUCCGCCCAGCCCUCCCCAAUGCCACCGAUGUUCUUUCAUCCCCAGCAACCACAGCGGAAAUGAUGGCAACAGCGGACCGCGUGAAUCUCUCCGACAUGGAUAGCGGGAAAUACGCCGUGUUUGGGUCGUUGUUCAUCCUCGGGCUCGAUUCGUGCUUGUUUCCGCUGGAUACUGUCAAGACGGUGAUAAUGAGCCAGAGGGGGACAUCGUUCGGGAACACGGGGAUUCUCCAUACGGUGUACCGGAUAGCGCGAACCGAAGGCAUCCCCCGCUUCUGGCGCGGCCUCCUCCCCGCGGUCAUCGGCUCGUUCCCCGGCCAGGCGAUGUACUACCUCGCGUACGAGACGGCGCAGGACGCGUGCGCGCAGAGCAUGCCGCGCGACCUGCUCGAGCGGUCGGCGUUCGUGCGCGGGUUUGCCGCCGGAGCGUGUGCGGAGAUCGCCGCCGGCCUGUUCUAUGUCCCCGCCGACGUGGUGGCGCAGCGCUUGCAGGUGCAGAAUGUGACGGGGUUCCAGCAUAAUUCGAGGCUUUAUGCCGGGCCGAUUGAUCUGAUCAAGAAGGUGUUUCGCACCGAAGGGCCCCGCGGGUUCUACCGCGGCUACCUCGCCUAUAUAGGAGCCUACGCGCCCGCAUCCGCCGUCCAAUGGGGCACCUACGAACGCGGCAAACCGCUCGUCCACCGCUUCCUCCUCUUCCUCGAAACCCACCUCCUCUCCAAACUCCCCUCCCUAGCACCCUCCCGACCCCCACCCCCACUCGUAUCCCCGCAGACCCACGACCACCUCACCAACGCGCUCUCGGGCGGCCUCGCCGGCCUGUCUGCAGUCACGGCCAACAACCCCCUGGAGAUCCUGCGCAUUCGCCACCAGCUCCUCGACAGGACCGCCCCCGCCGACGCAGAGUGCAUGCGCAGGGGAUACUGGUUCCUCGCGAAGAGUAUCUGGACCCAGGAGGGCUGGGGGGGGUUCUAUAAAGGGUUGAGGUUGAGGGUGCUGGUGACCGUGCCCGGGGCGAUGAUUGCCAUGAGUGGGUAUGAGACUAUCAAGGGGUGGAGUGCGGAGUGAGGGCGGGGGUUGCGAUGUGCGAGGAGGAUGUGCGGGGUUGGUUAGAGACCUUUUUGGACUUGGGUAGACUUUAUAGAGAUUAGGGCGGGGGAAUACGAACUCUGUUUUCGUUUUUCUGGGAAGGUUUCUGCGUUAAGGGGGUUUUUUGUUUUUCGGUGCAGACUGUUGGAAGUUGGGGCUUUCUUUGGAGGAGGGCGCGGAGAGACUGGGUAUGAGGCGCCACUAUGUAUUCGUUGUAGUGUUUGUUCACGACGAUGGUUAGUAGGAGAUGGCGUGCAUACGAGGGCUGUUCGUGGGAGGGAGUGGGAGGGCGCUGGAAACCCCGACGCGCUCACCUCACGCGUUUCUCGACGGGCAGACGGAGAACAUCACUUACUGUACAGUCACCUCGCAAAACUCUGUACCCCCCCUCUAAUUGAAAUCAAUAUUGGUCACUCACG